CACGUUCGUGUCUUGCCGUAUAAACUUAGGUAUCUCUCUUCUUCGUCUUCAUUGCAGUUGUGUUUGUGUUUGCUUUGGCAGUUGUUAGUGUGUGGGUUGUGCUUGAGUGCUAAGAAAAAGUCAUAAAUGAAUGGAAAACACAUAAAAAUUGUUACAAAAACCAGCUGAAAUAAAUAGUAUUAUUUGCUGUGGUAUGCCAGCUGUUGCCAUAUUAUAAAUAUAUCCAAACAAAAUCGCUGCAACUGCAGGUGCAUUUAACGCUCGUGCAGUGUGGUAUUUAUAAAGCCGUGCAAUUGUGCCAUCAUGUUAAACAGCAACCAAUCAAUGCAGCAGCUACCUGUGCAAAAACAACAGCAUUUUCGCAUAUGAGCGUGUGUGUGUGCGUGUAUGUGCCUUUUAUUCUAUUUAGAAUAUGACGUUACAGUGUACUGCAUAAAAGGGUACAGUAAAGGCACGCAAAAGUGUGACCAGCCCAUAAAUCUGCAUGUCCGAGUAUCUGUCAGUGCAUGCCAGUGGCAAUGCAAGCUCCACAGAUGCCCAUGACGCCCAUGCACUAGCAAAUCAGCCGCAGCCGCCGUCGCAACAGCAGAGAGAAGCGACGCCCCGAAAGCCACAAUAUAAUAAGCGUGAGCCACUGGUGUUCUUCAUAAUGCGACUGAAUCUGAAAGCUGUGCUGCUGUUGCUCUCGGUGGCUGUCAUGAUCAUAACAUUGGGCAUUUAUAUGCGCUGUGCCGCGUUUAGCUUUUCGCCCGAUCUUGUGCGUCAGCUGGGCAAGCGACAGACCAUCGAUACGUUGUCCAGCUCGGCUGCGGGGCAGGAGCUGUCGGCGCCAUUGCAGGAUAUUGAGUGCGCCAUCAAUCAGGAGUAUAGCAUACACUGCAAACGGGAUGAGAACGCCAACGAGGUGUAUGUGCCGUUCUCGUUUCUGCGCCAGUAUUUCGAUGUUAGCGGCGCCGUGACGACCAGUGGAAGCGGCAGCGAUCCGGCCAAAUUCAAUUGGAUGCACAGCAAUGCCAAAGUGAAUCUGCCAAAGGGCAAGUACGAGACACGUGGCGUUUUUAUGUACUUUGAGAACUACAAUGUGGAGGUGCGGGAUCGGGUCAAGUGCAUUAGUGCGGCGGAAGGCGUGCCCGUGAGCACGCAAUGGGAGAAACGCGGCUAUUUCUAUCCCACACAGAUAGCACAAUUUGCGCUGGCGCAUUACAGCAAAAACCUAACAGAGCCGACGCCGCGCGUUCAUGUGCUCGAGGACGCCGAUGGCAACCAAAUGGACUGGACAACGCCCAAGACCAGCAAUAUGACACGCAUCUGGCAUCACAAGUUCAACACGAGCAUUGUCCAGUUCGAGACGACCAUUGGCUACGAGAGCGCCAUCAGCAUCCAGGUGAAUCAAACGCAGGAUCUGGUGCUCAGCGUGGAUCUGCUGCUGGUGACCAACAGCAGCAGCCUGAUGGUCACCGUGCUGAAUCGCGACACCAAGCACAGCUACAAUUUGCACUACAUUGCCGCCGAGCUGCUGCUCAGCGUCCAGGAGUCGAAUAUAUACUACGGCCUGGGCAGCGGAUCCCUAAACAAGUGGCGCCACAUCACACGGGAUCUGCACAUCGACGUCCAGAAGGGCAUUGUCCUGGGCGAUAAGCGUUCGCCGUUGAAGGUGCGUCGCAGCGAUCUGGAGGUGCUGUCCGUUGCCUUUCUGGGCAUUGGCUUCUUUGACAAUAUAACGCUCUCGACGAGCGAUCAUUUGGCGCAUUUCUAUGAUGCAGCCGAAUGGUUUGUGCACAAUCAGGAUGCCAAGACGGGCGGCUGGGUGAAUCCGGUGCGCCGCAGCCUCAAUGGCUUUGCGGAGCUGCGUCCCGGCUGGAUAUCGGCCAUGGGUCAGGGUCAUGCCAUUUCAGUGCUGGCGCGCGCCUAUUGGCAUUCUGGCGGGGAUGUGCGUUACCUAAAGGCAGCCUCGCUGGGCCUGCAGCCGUAUCGCGUCUACUCCCGUGACGGCGGCGUUUUGGCGCAAUUCAUGGAGAAGUACUACUGGUACGAGGAGUAUCCCACAACGCCCGCAUCCUAUGUGCUCAAUGGUUUCAUCUAUUCGCUGCUGGGUCUUUACGAUUUGAACAGCACGGCGCCCGGCAAAAUAGCACGCGAGGCGGGCAAACUGUUUAACCAGGGCAUGCACUCGCUGAAGAAGAUGCUGUUGCUGUACGAUACCGGCUCCGGCACCAGUUACGAUCUGCGCCAUUUGAGUCUGGGCGUGGCACCAAAUCUGGCACGCUGGGACUACCAUGCGACGCACGUCAACCAGCUGCUGCUGCUGGCCACCAUUGACAGUGAUCCGCUGAUCGCACAGACCGCCGAACGCUGGAAGGGCUAUAUGUUUGGAAAGCGGGCCAAGCACAACUGAGAGCGAAGAAAGCUGGCGGCAGUGGUUGCUGCCGCCUCGUGGCAGCCACUUCGCCCGCUCAAAAACAAACGGCCCAACAAGUGAUAUUUUUUUUUCUAAAGCGAACGCUAAAAACGAAAAGCCAUUUGAAAUGGUUGCGUUUUCUGCCGCAUCCCUUAACAAUUUUAGAGUUUACAAUGCCGCUCGCGACUAGCAACGAAUUUGAGUUCAGUUUCGAAUGUUUUACGAAUGCGCCCGCAAUGUGCUUAUAAGAUUUGUUUUAGUUACGAUCGUUAGUAAUUAAGGAAUUGUACCUAUCUACUUCGUAUAUACCUUCUAUUGCAUAAUCAUUAGCUGCUAACUGCAACCAUUUGUUGAACCUUAGCCUAAUUGUUUCCUAAGUAGUUGCACGCGUAUUUCACUGGACAAUAUCAGAAAAACAAAACCUAAGCUAUAAAACAAUGUUAACUACGGCAUGUCGUAGCCUAUAUACCCUAACAAGCCAUUUGUGAGGGUAUUCUAAUUUCACUAACUGUUGUAUGGUAGUCGACUUUUUUACUGCUCCAAGUAGAGAUCGUCCCCCCCUCACUCUUGUAUAAAGUUAACUUGUAGAGAGCUUAGCAUCAUAAAUAUAGGACACACUCAAGUUAUA